GAAUCUGUUCACUAGCUCUUACUCUCCUACUCUGAGUUGGAACGUGUGAGAUGUGUGUGAGCUUGAGAUUGUAGGGAACCGAGCAGGCACAUGGUUGCUCAUUUGUAAGUGUGAUCCCACUUGAGAAAGACACCGUGACAAAGAGACAGGGAGAGAGAAAAAGAGGGAAAGGUGCCAGUGUCAGUAUAAGAGAGAGAAAAAGAAAGAGAAACGAGGCAGUGAGAGAGUACAAAGCAUUUUCACCUCUAGUACAAUGGAAGACUGUGCAGUGUCUUUCUGGAUUUACAUCGGAGUAAUGUCCAUCAUUGUUGGUGGAGCGGUGAAGAAGUUUCUGGCAUUCCAUAUCAGUGCCAUGCCCUCAGUGGUGGCAUGGCUGGGUGCCACUCUGCUGGUGGAGAGACUGUGUGCCCUGUGCAUGCCUGCUGUGCUGGCAAGAUUGAUCCUCUGUGUGUCCUGCUGGCUGUACUUUACGUGGGCCACCCCCAAACCCUCCCUGCCUGUGGAAGGCAAGGCAGUCUUCAUCACAGGUUGUGAUUCAGGGUUUGGUAACGCUACAGCAAAGCGGUUAGAUGCAAUGGGGUUUGAAGUGUUUGCGACUGUAUUGAACCUGGACGGAGAGGGAGCCAAGCACUUGCGCAGAGUCUGUUCAUCACGUCUUACCCUCCUGCAGGUAGACAUCACCCAGCCUCAGCAGGUACAGCAAGCCCUGCUUGACACCAAGGCCAAACUUGGCAUGAGAGAUUUGUGGGGGCUUGUAAAUAACGCUGGAUGGUGUGUGAAUAUUGGGGAUGCUGAGCUCUCCCUCAUGUCCAACUACAGAGGAUGCAUGGAGGUCAACUUCUUUGGAACACUCACCGUCACCAGGACCUUCCUGCCACUUCUCAGACAGGCAAAAGGCCGGAUUGUGACAAUCUCCAGCCCUUCAGGUGAGCAUCCCUUCCCUUGUUUGGCGUCAUACGGGGCUUCAAAAGCUGCACUGAAUCUUUUUAUCAACACACUUCGUCAUGAGCUGGAGCCAUGGGGUGUCAAAGUCUCCACUAUCUUACCCUCUUCCUUUAAGACAGGGCAGAGCAGUAACACAGAGUACUGGGAGAAAGAGUACAAGAAACUGAUCCAGAACUUGCCGCCAAGCCUUCUCGAAGAAUAUGGGGAAGAAUAUCUGCUGGAGACCAAGGAACUCUUCCAGAGUUAUGCAAAAACAGCUAAUGAGGAUCUGAGUCCUGUCGUCAACACCAUUGUGGACGCACUACUCUCUCCUCAACCCCAGGUGCGAUACUAUGCCGGGCCAGGUUUAACACUCAUGUACCUCAUCUGCAGCUACUUCCCUGUGAGCAUCAGCAACAGGUUCCUCAAAAAACUGUUUGUACAGAAGAAGGUGAUGCCUCGCGCCCUUAUGAAACAACAAGGCCUGAGCCUAAACGACAAUAACAACAGUAUAAAGGAAAACAUGAAUAACAGUAACAACAAUAAAAGCUUCACAAAGAUUAUUGAUUAGUACUGGUAAAGAGUGUAAAUCAUCCUUUAGCACCAUUAAUGUGAUCUACUUAUAGAGAUUUGUUUCCAUUGUGUAUACUUUACUUUUCUUUUCUCCUGUCUUGUUUUGUUGUAUAUAUUGUGUAAUAUUUUGAGGGGAUCACUGAAUUGCACCAAAUCAUCAAUGGUAAACCCAGUGCUUACAAGGCAGUUGACACUCUUAAGCAUCAUGAAGAUAAUAAUAAAGUGGUCAUGCCCACAAUUCUCAGGUGAGGCAAAAUCCAAACAGAUACGAAACAUAUGGUUUAUUUAUUUUGGAGAAUGCAUAAAUUCUGGGUGUUUACCAUGGACACACUUUAAAGGCCCGACCGUUCACACCAAGGACGAUGACUAUAAAGAUAAUGAUAAAGAUAAAUAUAAAAGAAUAGUAGAGUCCACACCAUAAUGAUAUAGUUCAAAUCACUUUCAGAACAGCUUUUUCCAGUUGAUGAAUGAUAAAAAUGGCCAAUCAGAAUUCACCAGACUUUAAAGAUUUCGAGCAUUUAAAGUGGCAGAUGAUAUAAUUGCAGCGUGUGCUUAGAAUAAAUAGAAUGAUAUUGUCCACUGGUGUGGAUGCUAAUAUAUUUAUCAUUAUUAUCUUUAUAGUUAUCGUUCUUGGUGUGAAUGAGCCUUAACCGAUGUGCCAUAGAUUCGAUGAGUCAAUUUCACUAAGGCAUGUAUGAUCAUUAACAGCCAAACACCUGACACGGCUGACUAUCCGUACUGCACUGAGAGGCUGAUGAUAAUGUUACUAUUUUCAGUCCAGGGUCAAAUAUAGUGAGAGUGCAACAUCAAGUAAAUAUUGUGGGUUGUGUUUUUUUUUUUUUUUAGAUAAGUGACCAAUGGGCUGAAGUGGUUCCUAAGAAGUCCUUUUUUUAAAUGUAUUUUACUCCAUAGUUUAUUGUUAUAUUUGUUUAUUUUUUCCAAUGUCAUAUUUUUGGCAUAUUUAUGCCAUUUUGUUCUUAAUAAAUCACUUAAACUGUGAAUUUUCUACAAAUAUUAAAAAAAAAAAAUUGUUCACCUGAUCAUUCUUAGAAUAAUAUUAAAGUUGACUUUUUUCAAUUA